AUGGACAAAUUAUCAGUCAGUAUAGAUGCUCAUAAAGGAUUAGAGGCUGCUGUGAAGACUAUUUUCCCUCAAGCUGAACAUAGGGAGUGCUUCAAGCAUCUAAUGGACAACAUGAAGAAGAAUUUUAGAGGUGCAAUUUAUUCCAAGUACAUGUGGCCUGCUGCCAGGGCCUAUCUCUCUGACAACCAUGAGUAUUUCAUGAGCAAGGUCAUGGCUGCUUCUGCUGCAGUGUUACCAUGGCUAAAUGAGCAUCACAACUUGCUGUGGGCCAGAUCCAAGUUCUCACAUGACAUCAAAUGUGACUACAUUAACAACAACUUGGCUGAAUCCUGGAAUUCAUGGAUCAAGGAGAACAAAUAUCUUCCUGUAUAUGCCUUAGCUAAUGCUAUUAGGGAGCAGACAUUGAAGUUACUUGCAAAGUGGACUAUAUCUAGAGCUCUGAAGGGAACUAUACUGUCUGAUGUGGUUCAUCAGAUGAAUGCUGCAUCAAAAGGAUUGGGGCACUUGAAGGUCACAAAAGGGGAUAGAAACCAAGCAGAGGUGUCAGUAGUGUACAAAGAUGAAGAAGUGAGAAGACAUGUUGUGUACCUAGAUCAGAAAAUAUGCACAUGCAGAGAAUGGGAGAGGAACCCAAACAUGGAACAAUAUAUAGACAUGGCCUUCUCAGUUGAGAAAUUUAAAGCUGCAUAUGCAGGAGUAAUACCAAACAUCACUGACAGGAAUCAGUGGCCUCAAGCGGACAAAGGUUUCAAGUUACAGCCACCAGUUGCCAAGCCGAAAAAGAAAACUGCUAGAAGGUUGAGGAAGAAAAGGAUUUUAUCUUGCAUGGAGAGGACAGGGAAAGCCACAAGACAAUCAAAGUGUGAUGGCUGUGGUGAACUUGGGCACAUGAAAGGAAGCUCCAACUAUCCCCUAAUUGGCACUAAGAAAAGGAAAAGGACCAAAAAGACUAAAUCAAUAGUGGGGAGGAAGAAGGCGAAGACUGAUGCACCCAAAGAAGGUUCUUCAUCCAAGAGGUUACCCUUAGAUGAGCCUGUACCGCUAGAGAUGGUUGUAUGUGAAGAUCACCCUGCACCUGCUAAGAAGAUGACGCCCAGGAAGAAACAGUUGGCUUCGAAGGUGAAAAAGGCCAGUCCAACCAAGACCUAA